CAUGAAGAGUCAGUCGCCUCAGGUGUCCGACAGUAGCUGCGGACCUGAAACUCACGCGAUAAAUCUUCCACUCUUUUAACUUUGUCGUACAAACUUCCCGGAAAUAUUUUUUCCAAGUUUCUAUUCGCGCUCUAAAGCCAACAUGCGGCUCUGUCUCUGGUGCGUCUGGACGAGCUGGAUUUUAGCUCUUCACCCCGUAGCUCAGCAUCCUCCUGAGCGGGAGGAGGGAGGUUUGCAGCCCGGCUGGAGGAAACGGAGCACCGGCGCCCCCACACCGCCGAGGCUGGACGCCCGGAAGCCGGCGGCAGUGAGGGGAGCCGGGGAGAAGCUGGGCGGCAGGAGGGCAGCUGUGAACGGUCCUCAUGUCUGUGGACGUCGCUGUUGUGUCGGAUGGACUUUGUCGCCUAAAACCAGACGAUGCAUCAAACCCAGAUGUCCUCCUCGUUGUCAUAACGGGGCGCUGUGCCGGCAGUCUAACCGAUGUGUGGGUCGACGAGGUUUCCGUGGUUACCGUUGUGAGGUCUCCACGGUGAUGUUUUCUCCAGCAGGACAGCCGUUGUCCUCCAACUGUUCCACCAGCAUCCGUCACCUGAACCCCAGGUCCCCCAGCAGCCCUCCAGCUGCCUCCACCACAGCUGCUUCAGUCCUGAAUCCACCUUCUAUUCACACACACAACAAAGAUGGAAAGGAUGCAGAGACCCCCGACAAAGGAGGUGUUUCCAACGUGUUUCUACUGCAGGAUGAGAAGCGAGCGUCCCCCAAAAGUCCACCGGUGGUUCGGAGAGCUGAGAGGACGGGGGAGAUAACACCUGAGCUCAGCAGCCUCUGGCCUCGGACAGGAGACACCGAGGGGGGAGCAGAGGUCACUGCUCGUCUGGACUUUAAGUAUGAUUCAGAACCAAAAGAAAGACUGACGAAAAGCCAGAAUCUGGAGUCAUCUUCAAGGGCUGAGACACCGAUAGGUUUAAAACAAGAUAAAAGCUCAAUCCAACGGUUUGGUUCAGAGUCUGUGAUGAAGGAGACAUUGACAACCUCUAAACUCCAAAAUCUGGACUCAAAGGUAGAGAAGGAACUUUUGGAGGACAAAUUAAAUCUAGAGUCCAAUGCGGAGUCUAAUCCAGGGCCACGAGGAGAGAAAAGUGUGGACGUUGUUGUGACAGGAGAGAAGAAGAAGGAGGUGAACACUGGAGGUGUGAAGAAGCAGUCGCUGAGUCUAAGAGAGGCCCAGGCUGUGCUGCUGAGGAAGGCUCUGUCACAGGGAGGAAGAGGAGACAAGAUGGCCUCCCUGUUGAUGAAGCACAUCGAGAAGGAGAAAAAGAAACUUUUCGCUAUGAACUCCUCUUCCCCCUCUUCUAACUCCUCAUCUUCAUCGGAGUCAUCAUCCUCAGUGAAAACCAAUGCAAAGACUUUCCACACUCAGAAGGGCCAGUACACUGUCCACUUCACUGCACCCUCAGCUGAUGGACAGACAGCCAGAGGAGGAGGAGGAGGAGUGGGGAGGAUUCAGGUGAUGUUCACGCCGACCAUCUGCAAGGUGCGCUGCAGCCUGGAGCGAUGUGUCAACUACUGCGAGCGAGGCAACAUGACCACGCUGUACAGCAGCAGUGAGGGAGGAGGAGGACGGACAGACGGCUCCCAUGGACCAGGAUUCAGAGUCUUCCUGUGUCCUCUGCUCUGUAAGAAUGGAGGCGUCUGCCUGCAGAAGGAUCGCUGUCUCUGCCCGCCAAACUUCACCGGCAAGUUCUGCCAGAUCCCUGUCGCCUCCACCGCUGCUGCUGCGCCCGCCUCGCCCUCCUCCACCAAUGAGAUCGUUGAGCCAGCGCUGCUGUCCUCCAUGGCAGCCAAUCAGAAGCUGACUCAGUCUGAGUUCCUUCUGCCUCUGGGACACAACCAGGAGACGUUGAGGUCUGGAGCCCCCGCCCCUCCCAUGGUGAAGGUCAGAGUGCAGCACCCCCCUGAAGCCAGUGUGAAGAUCCACCAGGUGCUGAAGGUGUCUGAAUUUCGUCCCACGCUGCGGACACUCUCCUCCUCCUCCUCCUCCUCAGGGUCAGCUGGUGCUCCAGCUCCGGCAGGCGGGGGGGUCCAGGCUCAGACUCUGAGGGGGGCUGGCACCUACAACCAGCUGUCCGGGUUCAAGUACUGCUUCAGGGAGGUCAAAGACGGACAGUGCAGCUCUCCUCUGCCUGGUCUGAGGAGCAGGGAAAUGUGCUGCAAAGGGAUUGGGAAGGCCUGGGGGAUCACUGACUGCGCGCUCUGUCCUGAUAACACAGGUCAGAGCAACAGCAGCUGUCCUGCUGGUUUCGAGCGAGCCAAUGGGACGCAGUGCGUUGAUGUGAAUGAGUGCCUCCAGCCGGGGCUUUGUGAGAACGGGAUCUGUGUGAACACCAGGGGGAGCUAUAGCUGUGUGUGUAGGGUGGGGUUCAUCCUCGACGCCACUCAUGGAAUCUGCAUCUCCCAGAGUGUGAUAUCACAAGAGAAGGGUCAGUGUUUCCGGGUUCUGGGUCCAGGUCAGGGCCCGCCCUCCUGCUCGCUGCCCAUCCUCAAGAACAUCACCAAGCAGAUCUGCUGCUGCAGCCGAGUCGGCAAAGCCUGGGGCUCCGACUGUCAGAGAUGUCCCUACUUUGGCUCAGUGGCCUUUAAGGAGAUCUGUCCAGCCGGUCCCGGUUAUCAGUACUCAGCCUCAACCCUGCAGUUCAACCAGAGGGUCACCGAGCAGCUGGGGAGCCGCGGAGCUUCACUGGUAACCCACGGCAACCAGGACACCCAGGGUCCUGGUUCUGGGUCCAGCAGCAGGUCUCAGCAGAAACCCUCUUCCUCUGAUGGAGGAGCGAAUACUUCACUGAGUUCUGCUUCAAGUGUUGGAUCCAACACGGGAUCAGUUGGUACCCACACCAGAACCAGUCCACCUCGGUCUCAACCCCAGCCUCAGCCCAGGCCCCACCCCCAGCCUCCAUCUCGUCCGUCCUCUCCCUCCUCCGGGCCUGUUCAGCCCAGCAGCACUGGCACCACAACCCAGGACACAACAGGCAGAACCGGGACCCAGCAGAACCGGCCUGACGCUGCUCCUUCACAGCCGAGACCACAGCCUCCGCCCGCUGGGAGUGAAGGCGGUCGGUCCGAUCAGCCGGCGGCUAGAGGGGACUCUCUCCCACCUCCAGCUCAGCCACAGCAGCCUGAGAGCGGGUCGAGGCCCAGCGGACGGCUCCCCCCUCCGCAGAGCAGACCAGCUGUCAGGCCCACGAGCCGAGCCCAGACAGUGCGAGGGGUGUGUGAGAGCAGGCCAGGUGUGUGUGGCCGUGGCCGCUGUGUGGAUCAGCCAGGUGGGAAACACGCCUGUGUGUGUGAUCAGGGAUACCAGCCCAACUCUCAGCGCACGUACUGCCAAGAUGUAAAUGAGUGUGCACAGUCUCCAGGUGUGUGUUCAGUGGGAGAGUGCGUGAACACCAUGGGAAGCUACAGGUGUACCUGUCCGUCCGGCUACAAGAGCAACAGCCAGCACACCACCUGUCAAGAUAUCGACGAGUGCCAGCAGAACCCCUGCAGCAACGGUCGCUGUGACAACACGCCGGGCAGUUUCAGGUGUGUCUGUCGCCUCGGCUACAGGCUCAGGGGCAACACCUGCACAGAUGUGGACGAAUGUGAGGACCCUCUGCAGUGUCCGGGUCAGGAAUGUAUCAACAGUCAGGGCUCGUACCGCUGCGUGUCCUGUCAGCCCGGAUACCGGCUGGUCAACAGGCGCUGCACAGACAUCGAUGAGUGUCGCCAGGCUCCCUGUGUUAACGGUCGCUGUGAAAACACACCUGGAAGCUACCGCUGUUUCUGUCACCAUGGUUACAAACUCCAGAACAACACCUGCACAGAUGUCGACGAGUGUGCAGAACCAUCUCAGUGUCCUGGUCAGAUGUGUGUCAAUUCUGUGGGGUCGUACCGCUGUGUGUCCUGUCGACCAGGAUACACACUCACCAACAGAAAGUGCACAGACAUUAAUGAGUGUGAGAGCAGUGACUCUUGUCCUGGCCGGCAGUGUGUGAACACUGAGGGAUCUUACAGCUGUGUGGACUGUCAGCGGGGGUACCACAGUGUGAACGGAGUGUGUACAGAUGUGGAUGAGUGUGUGCAGGCCUCUCAGUGUCCUGGUCAGCAGUGUGUGAACACUGUGGGCUCGUAUCGCUGUGUGUCCUGUCAGCCUGGAUACAGCAGCCAGGAGGGCACCUGCCAAGAUAUCGAUGAGUGUGCGAGCGCCGGGGCGUGCGAGGCAGAGCGGGUGUGUGUGAACACCGUGGGCUCGUUCAGGUGUGACUGCCGGCCCGGGUAUCGAGCUUCCAGUCUGGGGAGGCAGUGCAGAGACGUCAAUGAGUGUUUAGAGGGAGAUUUCUGCUUCCCCAGAGGAGAGUGUGUGAACACAGCAGGAUCAUACACAUGUGUGUGUUCUCAGGGAUUCACACUGAGUGACAACAGGACCGCCUGCCUCGAUGUGGACGAGUGUGUGAGGCCUGGUGUGUGUUUGGACGGUCGCUGUGUGAACACUGAAGGCUCCUUCCAGUGUCAGUGUCGAGCCGGCUUUACCACCAACCCAGAGCAGACGGCCUGCCUCGAUGUUGAUGAGUGUGUCUCAUCUGGCGGCUCAGUGUGCGGGUCCCGGCGGUGUGAGAAUACGAUUGGCUCAUACCGUUGCCUCAUUUCCUGUGAGCCAGGUUUCCAGGUCACACAGACAGGCUGUGUGGACAUUGAUGAAUGUGCCAAUGAGACGGUGUGUGGGGAACACGCCUUCUGUCAGAACCUGAGAGGAACAUACCUGUGCGAGUGUCACCAGGGCUUCACCUCCACCGCCGACGGACAGGCCUGCGUCGAUGAGGAUGAGUGUGUGUCCAUGCCUGGUGUGUGUGGUUCUGUUCGCUGUGAGAACGUCGAGGGUUCCUUCAUGUGUGAAUGUGACAGAGCGGGAUACGAGUUUGACACCAGCAGCAAACGGUGUGUCAGCACUGCACGGCCAGCAGGGACGGGCCCCGACUCCUCGUCCUCCCAUGUCGGCGUGGUGGACUUGGCUCCGGUGCUGCCCCCCCUCCCUGCCGCCCGUCCAGGUGAGCUGAGGGAGUGUUACUACAACCUGGCCGAGCGGGGAACCUGCAGCCUGCUGUCCACCAACACCAGCCAGCAGGAGUGCUGCUGCACGGUGGGCGAGGGCUGGGGGCUGGGCUGCCAGUACCACACCUGUCCCCCCGCAGACACAGCUGAGUUCCUGUCUCUGUGUCCCAGUGGGAGAGGAUACGUUACCAUUGGACCAGGAGCCUUCAGCUACACAGAUGUGGACGAGUGUAAACGUUUCCACCCAGAGGUGUGUAAGAACGGAGUGUGUGUCAACAACAUCCCCGGAUACAACUGCUACUGCUCCAGUGGAUACGUCUACAACAGCACGCUGCUGGAGUGUGUCGACCAUGAUGAGUGUGAGGAGGAGAGCUGUGUGGGAGGAGCUUGUGUCAACACGGUUGGUUCGUAUUACUGCAGCUGUCCGCCUCCUCUGGUGCUCGACGACACGCAGCGCACCUGUGUGAACACUUCCCACCUGGCUGUGGAUGAGAACCUGUCUGUGUGCUGGCAGCACGUCACAGCAGACCUGGUCUGUCAGAGUCCUCUGCUGGGAGCUCAGGUGAACUUCAUGGACUGCUGCUGUCUGUAUGGCGAGGGCUGGGGGAUGGAGUGCGCCCUCUGCCCCCCCACCGACUCCGAGGACUAUGCCAGUCUGUGCAGCUCCUAUCUUUCUCCUCUGUUCCCGGAGAGGUUUCCAGAGUCCAGCCGGCCAGAAUCAGGACUGAGAGGAGGAGCUGGACGAGGAGGCGGAGGAGCAGGAGUCGCUCCUCCAUACUUCCCUCCCUACAGUCCGGACUCCUUCCUUCCAGCUGUUCCUGGCUUCGCUGAUCCGGACUAUGAUGACUACUCUCCAGCAGGGGGCAGCAGGUCGGGCUUCAGAGGGAGGACGCCUGCCACCUUCGGCCGGCCGGACGGAGCCUAUCCCAGGCCUGAGUACAGUACUGGUUACUACUCAGAGGGAGACUUCGGUCCUCCUGAAGGCUCCCGGCCCCCGUCCUUCCCCCUCCCCCCGGACCCCCGGGCUGAGAGGGCGUUCGGGGCCCUGCCUCCUCCCCCGUCUCGGCCUGCGGGGGCUCCUCUCAGCCUGGCCCCGCUGCCCGGCGCUCCCUACCUGGAGCAGGAGGAGGACGAAGAGGAGGAGGAGGUGGCGUGGAGGCCGGGCCCGCCCUUCCCUCCCUUCAGCGAGAGGAGCAGAGGAGGAAGACGAGGAGGCGGAGGAGGAGGAGCUCUGAGGGGGGCGUAUGAGCGGCGCUAUGAGUCCUACGCCGGCCUGAGCGCAGCAGAGGAUUGUGGGAUACUGAGCGGCUGUGAGAACGGCAGGUGCAUCCGGGUCGCCGAGGGAUACACCUGUGACUGUUACCAGGGAUACGAGCUGGACAUGACCUCCAUGACGUGUGUAGAUAUAAACUAGCGUGAGGAUGGCGUCGCCCUGGUGUUCCCGGGUGUGAACGCUCGUGUGUGAACGGUUCGGUUUGUUCAGCACGUCUGCAGGAGAGGAUUCGUCGUGUCCCGCAGACGAGCCCACUGUGUGGACGCGUAGACCAGGCUGGACUGGGACUAUCAGACCAGUCUAAACUGGUCUAGACAAUCAAGACUACACAAUGGACUGAAGCGGCCCGGGUUCACUGGAAGACCACAUCUGACAAAGUAGACUUGAGCAGGCUGCACUAACUGGCUAACGCUGUGUGUUCACUUCCUCUCUGUGUGACAGCUGUAAUAAACACUGAACUCUGCCCCACAGUACACGAAGCAUCGCCUCCGUCAGCUCGCGUGCACAUUUUUAGUUUUCGCAGCACGAGUUUAGACGGGAGCAGAAGAACAGGAUCCAACACAACAGUCUCAUCUGAAAGCGGCUUGCGUUCAAGCCUCCCCACAGUUAAAACAUUCAGUCAACACUAAAUCCCUGUUCCCUGCAGUCACUGACACCAUCAGUCCAUUCUGGUCCCAGCCAGGCGUUCUGUGCCCGCUCUAAACCGGUCUAACCCCGUUCAGCCCAGUGGCUGGAACCAGGCUAACUCCAAUUAGCCCGGCACUGGGAACCGAACCCCUGCACCUUCAGCCACAUGCCUCCACCUGUGCCAUGUGCUCACAGGCCCGCCAGGUCGUGUGUGUUAGCCUCACUGGGCGACGCCCACAGAGACGCACUGAGCUCAGAUCAGCCUCAGCAACUUUACAUUUUAACUUGAUGGAAAACAGAAGUUAAGACUUUCCAUCCCCUCGCAGUCACUGAACACUCAGGUGUGUGACUUUAAUACCCACAGCGGCUCACCUGUAACACAGCACCAGCCUGUUCGAGAAAACACUGUAGUUUAUGUUGCCUCGACGCCCCCUCACACACACACACACACACACACCGUCCUGCUGCACCAAAUGUGGAUUGAUCCGCUGCUGAAAAUAGUCCCCAGAAACGCACUGUGUCCUCCUGUUUGGCAAAACCACCUUGAGCAGGUCCUGAACCUGAUGAGAGCUGAGAAGCAGACAGGAAGUCGUGUGCAGAGACGGACUGACGUGUUGUCGGUUGGUGUCUGGACACGAGACCUGUUGACUCGUACGUCUUAUCAGCGUGCUGCUGACUUUACUGACGCGUCCUCUUGGCUUUUCCUUCCACACAUCAGACUGUCGAGCAGCUUCCUGUCCUGAAGCUGCGUGGCGUUUUGUGUGUGUGUGUGUGUUUCAUAAUUCCCAUCCUUCCACAGUAAUCCUCGUCACCACAUGACUGAAGCUGUUCCAGCCUGUCGGAGAGCGUUUUUCUUCUUCGUUGUGUUUUUUAAAGAACUUCCUGUUGUAGUCGACCUGAUGAACUUUCCUCCUUGUUGUAUAACAUGCACUGUAUCUGCCGACAGCAGCCUUUUGUCUUCACACAACCGUUUUGUAAAUUGUUUAAAUUGUUUUUCUGUUUUUAAUUGUUCCUUUUUAUGGUCAAUGAUUCACUUUUUUAUCAUCGUCGUUUGUAUGACAAGAAAUGAAAAUAUAUUUGCACACAGUUUUACCGAGA